AUGCAUCGUAGGCUACUUAAUCUAGCGGCCUUCUCGGCCUUAUUUUCGCCUCUCGGGGCACACGUUGUGCUUGAGAACCCAAAGCCCUUUCGCUUCGUUCAAUAUGGUCCGACCAACCCCAUAUCAUCAACUGGUGAAGACUUUCCUUGCAAGAUACCAGCUGGUGGCAAGUUAGAACCGGAGGGCCCACCAACCACUAUGGCUAUUGGGGAUGAGCAAAGCGUCUCAUUCUCAGGACAAGCAGUCCAUGGCGGCGGUUCCUGUCAGUUUAGUUUGUCCGGCCCGGUCAGUAAUGGUGCAUGGGAAACCUACCCCCUCAAAACUGCGGAAUGGAAAGUCAUCCACUCGAUUGAAGGCGGGUGUCCCGCGCGCAACCAAAGAGGGAAUCUAGAUGGCCCAAAUCACGAUUCAUACUCUGUCAAUAUACCGGAAGGUAUUGAACCUGGUGACUAUAUUUUUGCAUGGACUUGGCUUGCUCGAAUUGGAGGACAACCUGAAUAUUAUAUGAAUUGUGCGCCUAUUACUGUCACUCCGGCUAAGAGAAAACGCAUGGAUAGUUUAGCUCGCCGGGCAUCACUUGGCAAGAGAGCGGCCUUUCCAGAGCUAUUCAUGGCCAACAUGGGUGAUGUUUCGGGAGGGUGUACAACCGAAGAAGCCUUACAACAACAGAUAGCAAUUGCGUUCCCGAAUCCUGGUCCUUCUGUUGACUAUCCAGAAGGCUCUGAGAAUCUAUUCAAACAGCAGUGCGAUGGUAAUCCUCUAGCUGGGCAAGGCAACAUUCCUGGAACUCCUGACAUAAGCACAUCUUCUCAACCUAGUCCGACCUUUAUACCGGAACCCAAAGUAUCUAGAACCAUGUCCUCUUCUCCUAUUUCGACAAUUUCAACACUGUCUAUCUCACCAUCAUUGUCCACAGGUGUGGUAUCGACUAGUACGCCAACACCGCCUUCUACAACGAACCCAGGAACAUGUAUAGAAGGCCAUCUUACUUGCCUUGAAGAUAGUUUGCACUUCGCUACUUGCACUGGUGGUCAAUUGACCCUUCCACAGCCUAUUGCACCGGGGUUUAAAUGUAAGGUCGGCUCUGGAGUUGGCCUUGACAUCUCACCAGUGUAA